AUGUUUGGAAUUCCUUUUCCUGGAGCAUUUGGUCAUUUUGCUUUUCAAGAUGCAGAUUUUGAAGAUGAAUUUGAAGAUUAAUUUGCAUCUGAAGAUGUAGAUAAUAAAGAACUAUAUGAAAUAUUAGAAAUUCCUCAUUAAUCAGAAAUUAGUGCUGUUAAAUAAGCUUAUAAAAAUUUAGCCAAGAAGUAUCAUCCAGAUAAAAUAGGAGGUGAUGCAUAAAAAUUCUAAUUGAUUUAAAAGGCAAAUGAAGUAUUAUCAGAUGCAGAAAAAAAGAAAGUUUAUGAUAAAUAUGGAAAAUAAGGAUUGCUUAAAUAGUUAAAUGUAAAAAGUAAUAAAUUCAAAAAAUGUGAACCAUAUAAAUUAAAUCAUAAAAUAGCAUUAAAAGAUGUAGCCUUAGGAGCAUAUCAUAAAAAAACCAUAAAUAAUAUUAAAAGAUCCUGUGAAGAAUGUUAAGGAUAAGGGGGAAAGUAAUUAGUAACUUGUCUUUCAUGUAAAGGUUAAAAAAUAGUAUAGAUGGCAGUAGAAGUUUAACCUGGUAUAAAUAUGUUACAACAAGCACCCUGUCCUGAUUGUAGAGGGUAAAAAUAUAAUUAGGUUUCCUAUUAGAAAAGGAAAAGCUAUUACAAAAGAUGAUGAAUGCAAGAUAUGCAAUGGAUUAGGUAAUGUUGAAGGAGUUGUUGAAAUUGAAAUACCUAUUGAAAAAGGAGUUCCUGAUUAAUAUUGUGUAAAGUUAUAUGGCAAAGGAAAUUCUAAAGUAUUCUAUUUUAUGAUUAAAUUAGGUUGGAUCUGAAACAGGAGAUAUUCAUGUUUAUCUUGAAAUUGAAUAAGAUCCUAAAUUUAUUAGAAAAGGAAUUGAUUUAUUUUAUUAACAUACUCUAUCUCUGAAGGAAGCUUUAGUUGGUUUGAAUUUUGAAUUAGAAACUUUGGAUGAAAAGAUAANAUUGAUGAACUUUGUGAACGAUUCUUAAAUAAGAGGAAAUUAGUUUAACACAAUAAUUCGUUAAUAUAAUGAGUUAUCAUUCAGAUCUGCUGUUGCAAAUGAAAGAUCACCUUGCAAGCCUAGUACUCCUUUAAAAAAACAAAGAAAUUAUAUGGCAACCAAUAAUAAAUUUUGA